AUUCAUCGAUGUCAAAACCAUUCCUUCAUGACCAGCCUUUAGGAGUCUACCCAUUUACCUCACUGCCUCCCACUAAAAACACCACAGUACAUCAAGUUUCUCCUCCAGAGCCUGCUGGAGCACACACAAUGUCAACACACAUUUUCUACAUAGCUGUUGGGUGUGCUUGUGCUGUCAUCCUUCUGAUUGCUUUGGCUGUUGCGGUGUACUAUCUCAACACACAGAAAAACAACAAUCGUGGCUACACAGACAGAAUCAAGUAUUAUGAUAAUACCAGCAGUUCACAAGCACUCACCAAACAACAGAGUCAGUCAUUCUUACGGGUAGAGACACCGGUUGACAGCAGUAUAAAGGGUUCAGUGAGAAAUUGUUCAGUACUUGGACCUUCACCUAUACCAGAGUUGUCUCCUCCUGAUCCUAAAGAAAUUUUAAAAGAGAUUGCUAUAAGUAGAAAAAGAAUAUCUUUAGCAGAAAUGUUAUUAGAAGGCACAUUUGGAAAAAUCUACCAAGGGACAUUACUCAGUGAGGAUGAUAAUAAUUUUGGAGCUGACCAAGAGAUUAUAGUUAAAACUGUCACAGACCAGGCAAGGUCCGAUCAGGUCCAUCUAUUUCUUACUGAGGGCUGUAUGAUGAAAGGUCUAGUUCACCAGAACAUUUACCCUGUUAUUGGUGCGUGUGUGGAGGACCAGUUAUGUCCAUAUAUUAUUUAUCCAAAUACAACAGAGGGCAACCUAAAAAAGUUUUUACAGAAGUGUGGUGUCUCUGACACAGGAUCUCACUGUACAUUAUCUACACAACAACUGGUGUAUCUAGCCAUACAGAUAGUGAGAGGUAUACAAUUUCUACACAGACAGAAGAUCCUACACAAAGACAUAGCUACCAGGAACUGUGUAAUAGACAACGACUUGGUUUUAAAGAUAACAGACAACGCUUUAUCACGGGACCUGUUCUCUGGAGACUAUAAUUGUCUCGGUGACAAUGAGAAUCGACCAAUCAAAUGGUUAUCUCUUGAAGCUCUGUUGGAAAAGCGAUUUUCUACAGCUAGUGAUGUGUGGUCAUUUGGUGUGACUUUGUGGGAGUUGAUGACCGUUGGCCAGCAGCCCUAUGCCGACAUUGAUCCAUUUGAGAUGGCUGCAUACCUUCGGGAGGGUUACAGAAUAGCCCAGCCAAUUAACUGUCCAGACGAACUGUUUUCUGUGAUGGCUUGCUGCUGGGCUGGAACUCCUGAAGAACGACCAAAAUUCUCACAGCUCCUUAUAUGUUUGCAGGACUUCUACACAGCUCUAGGACAAUACAUCUGAUCAAAUUCUCACAACAGCCUCUUAAGGUUCUGUCUCAUGGCCAGUUUCUUGUUCUGUAUAAUAACAUUGUGGCAAAGUUACUUCAAUAUCCGAGUAUCAUUUAACUUUUGUAGAAGGUAUGUCUCUAAACUUGUGGUAGAUACUGCAGCUAAUGUG